GGUUCUCACCUCAAAUAGCAAUACACACCAUAACACCAUUAACCAAACCACAUACACUUUCCCUCUUCACUUCACUUUUACUUUCACUUUUAUUUUCUCUCUUAAAAACACACACUCUUCUCUUCUCUUCUCUUCUCUUCUAAGCAACAAAAUUAUUAGACACGCCAUAACCCCAUUCAUUAUUUCUUCUUGGAUCUAUCUCACAAAAAAACUCUCUCAUUCUUUCUUAAAAAAAAAAUGGCAACAUUUCACACAAAAACAUUAACACUAUGUUCUUGUUUCAUGGUAAUGGCUUUGUCUCUCGUCAACUUUCAUUCUCUUCCAACAAUGGCGGCAGAUCAAACCCUAAAAACCACUACCAAGGAUGAUGUCAAGUGCACCCCAUGUGGCCAAGUCCCAUCGCCGCCGCCUCCCUCUCCGCCGCCGCCGUCUCCGCCUCCGGCCACCUCAACCAACAACUGCCCUCCACCACCUUCUCCUCCAUCAUCCGGAAGCGGCGGCGGCGGUAACACUUACUACUACCCUCCGCCGCCCGGAAGCGGCGGAGGAAUCGGCGGAACUUACUAUUCUCCACCGAACUAUAAAAACUACCCGACACCACCUCCGCCGAACCCAAUUGUCCCUUACUUCCCGUUCUACUAUCACACCCCACCGGCGGCGUCCACGGCGGCGCCACUUCCGGCGGCGGUUUACGGUGCUGCUUUGUUCUCUUUUCUCGUGGCGUUGCUUUUGUAGAAGAAUUAAAAAGACGGUGGGAGUAAUUUGCAUUAGAUUUGACAGAUCUAAGGAAAAUGAAAUGAAUGAGAAGAGGUUUCAGUUUCGGUUUCAGUGUGGCGCAGAGGGGCAAAACUGUACUUUCAUGUCUGAGUGACAAGAACAAGAGAUCUCUUUCUUUUGAAGCUGCAAUGGUUCUCUCUUCUUUCUUUCCUCUGACCCUUGUUUAUGUCAAAGUACAAUGUUGUUAUUUCCACUAAUCAUUCUUGUUCUUUUCUUUUUUGGAUUAUUUUUAAUUUGCUAGUGGUAAUAUAGAUUGAUCUGCAAUUUGUUCAAAAUUUGUAAUUGUAUUUAGUCUUUUAAUUUUGGUAAUUAUUAGUAUGAAAAUGGAAGGGGAAAAAAAGAAGAAAAAAGAAAUAAUAUAUUUCGUUUCCGUUUAAUAAAUUAGUUUGUAAUAACCAUAUGAUUAAUUCUA